GUGUGGUUGUAGAUGUUGAUUUUUGCUGUGCCUGGUAGCGCUGAGUGGAACUGGGCUGAAGUCUGUCGACUGCAGCUGAAGUAAAGACUCAUGGAAGCGCUUGUCAUGACAGAGUCUAUUUUUUCUAGGCUUAAGUGGCAGAGCUUUAAGAGAGGACUGGAUUAAUAUGGAAAGUGAAAGCAGCAUCAGAAUCCCCAAGCAGGAACUGGCUGUGUGUCAUCGGGGCCUCUGAUGCUUUGGCAGUCAUGACUGCCCUUAUCUGGAUGCUCACAUGGCUGCCUCAGGUCCUCACAACUAUGAGUGAACUGCCCCAGCCUGUGAACCUCACCCUGACAUCCAGUCACUUCACUCAUGUGUUGAAAUGGCAGCCCGGACCAGGAACACCCAGUGGGGUGUACUUCAAUGUCACCAUUAACACAGAAAAGGGAACAUCCUGGACACCAGUGGCUGGCUGCAAACGUGUCCAGUACCCACUGGUUUGCAACCUCACAGAUGCUUUCCAUGACCCAAGUGAAGUCUACUUUGUUCGGGUUGUAGCCAGGAAAGAAGCACAGACAUCAAAACCAGUGACUCACCCAGCAUUUAAACCCAUCACAGAUGCUCAGCUGGAUAUGCCACUGCUAAGUGUUACAUCCUGUGGCAGCGACCUGUGUGUGGAUCUUAAUCCUCCCAUGGAACAGCUAAGGGAGGUCUAUGGCACUCUUCAUUACAAACUCAAGAUCCAGAGAAGUGGUGCCGAUGGAGCUACGUUCUUCAAAGACAUUCAGUCUCUCAGAAGACAGGUUUUACAGGAGCUGACCCCUGGUAGAGAGUACUGUGUCUCAGUCCGCAUCUCAUUGAAUCUGGAGUCUAAGGAGUUCAACUACAGUCAGCCUGUUUGUGCUGCCACACCUGGCAACCACAGUGCAGACCGGUGGCUCUCAGCUGUGUUCUGUGUUUUCCUGAUGUUUAUUGUGAUCAUUGUGGUCCUGCUGCUGAUCAUUUGUUUCAUCAUUCUGAGAAGGAGACCUCUACCACUAGUACUGUCAUCCAUCCUUCACUCAGAGGAGACUCUGGUCGUCCUGCCGUGGAGCGUGUCCCUGCUGUCCCUGUUGAGUGUUAAGCCAACGCUGCCCUCUGCAGGUGAAAAGAGGAGCAAUCCCUGUCCGGAUGAGAGUGAGACUGAAAGUGAAACAGACGACAGUGACGGGGCCAGAGAUUAUAAACUGCAGGCAGAGACUAACCUCGUAUCCUCCUCUUCAUCUUCAUCCUCUCUGUCGGCUCCUUUUCCCUCAGAGCCUGACCCACAGCUUAAAAUCUCCUCCAACCAAAGCCCAGACUUCAGUCUACAGUCCAGUGGGGGAGUGAAACAGACAAUGAACAGUCACACACACAAUGACAGUGUGACAAUAGCAUUAAUUGUGUCGGAUAAGCAGGAGAUGGAGGUGGACAGUCAGGAUGUUAACCUGCUCACGCUAACCUUUGCCAUUCAUGAAGAGGAAGAGGCGGAGCCUCCUCUUCACCUGACAGACAUUGAGUGUCACUCUGCAGAGGAGGAGUUCACCCCCACUCCAAAUCAACCCUCGCAAACUUUGGACUCCAAGGAAGUUGCUGUAGAAUCAGUUUCCCUCUCUGCUGAUGAGGAAGAGGAGGAGUCUGGAUACAUGGGUCGUCCAUGUACAUAUGUUUUAAAAAAUGUAUUAUAGGAAUAUGGGCCUUUUUUUAUGAUAAUGUGUUUUCUAGACAACGACCAGUAUUAGUGUAACGAGUCUAGAAACUGAGCGCCAAUGUUUUUAUAUACUGUUGUAAGUGUCA